GGUGUAUAACGGGUCUGUGUUUCUGGUCAAUUUGUAUGAACACAACGAGCCUCAGGGAGUGCGCGUGAACUAGAUGAAAAGCUAGCAACAUGUUUUGGCUAACUGUUGCCGUAGUGCUGGGCACAAGCUCUGCAAUAGAGAUCAAGGACACUCUUGUAUAUCCGAAGUUGAUAGAAAGUCGAUCUGACACUGGAGAGCACGUGCUGAAGCUGACGGACACACUGACGUUAAACCUUCGUCCCAGCAACGUCCUAGCAGAUAACAUAGAAUAUGCAGAGGACGAUCUGGUGGAAGAGAUGGAUACGGAAAAUCUCAGGAAGAACUUACUCGUGGAUCCUCGACAGAUGUCGUCUGUGCUGCUUCAUGACACCGAGGGAGGCCUCAAAGUGGAAGGCAUCCUGCACAACUCCUAUUUCAUUCGACCCACACGGCUAGCUGCCCGUUCCUCUGAUGGACAGGACGCCCACUUAAUAUCCAGAAUAUCCGGGACAAGCACACUUCUACCCAAUUACGCCAGCGAAAUUCCUGAAAACUAUGAGUCUGUUCCUGACAUCGAGAGUCGGACAUCAGAUUGCAAGGAAGGAGAAGAGCCACCUGAGGACAUCACCUUUGAAGUGUACGUCAUAUCGGACAAAGAACACCAGAAAUACUUUCCCAAGCGAAGGUGUCUCAUCAUGUACACUGCUCUGUUGUUCAACAGUGUGAACUACUAUUUGAGAAGCAUGACGAAACCAAGAGUGCAACUUCGUAUUACCGGGGUUCGCAGGAUUCGAGGCCGAGAGAGCAACUAUCUCAAGACAGUAGACGCUGCGCUUGACGGAAAUGUGACUCUACACACUUUGAAAGAGCGCUCAAAGACGCUGAAUCUCGGCAGGAAGGCAGACCUUGCAUUGUUGCUUACUGGGCGAAACAUCGCACCUGAUGAAAAAAGGAAGAAUCAGGACUACCUACACGGCCUAGCAUUUGCAAAUGGACUCUGCACAGAGAACUUUGUGGCCGUCUCGACAGACAACCCACCAGGAUUCUACAGGGGAACGGCACCGGCCUUUCGCGUUCUCGGAUUCUUGUUAGGAUCUCGACCAAAGGGCGGAAAGAAUCCUGCGAAGGGGAAGACAGACGCAUGUUCGCGCACCGAGAGCGACAAAGUGAUUUUUGCCAACUACACGAGAGCGACUUACAAAUUCUCCAAAUGCAAUGAAAAGCUCGUCAGGGAGACAAUAAAAGAAAAAGGAUGUUCUUGCUGGGCCGUGAACACGAGAUUAACUGUGGGGAGAAGUUAUACGUACUACCCUGGACAAAACCUCACACGGGAGAAGUACUGCAAACGGAAGUUUGCACAUGAAGCCACGAAUGUGUACGUAGACCAGAAAGAUGCGGACAAGUGUAAGGUGACUUGCUGCCUCGGACAAACAGCGAAUACAGCGCCUUCCUGUUAUACAGCACCAGCUGUUGACGGCAUGUCCUGUAAGGAUAACAAGAUGUGCUUAGGAGGUAAAUGUACAUUACCUCCGCAAGGUUCUCGCACGCCAGGAAAGACAGAGCAGCCUCAGUGAGACGCAGGAUCCGAAUGCUGUCGUCAUUUCAUGCCAUAAGCCAAACAACAAGCUCUACGACUUCUGCUGAGGAUAAGCAGUCAGAAAUAAAGAGGACGAUCGAUCCAA